AUGUCGACGACCGCGGAACCGACGCGUGCUGAGGAUGUCUCGCUUGCGGGACACGAUGAGGAGCAGAUUCGUCUGAUGGAGGAGCGCUGUAUUGUCCUGGACAAUGACGAUAACUACAUCCGCGAUGGCAGCAAGAAGGAGUGCCAUUUGAUGACCAACAUCAACGACGGCCUGCUUCACCGUGCCUUUUCCAUGUUCAUUUUUGACCCGACGACCGGCAAGCUGCUUCUCCAGCGCCGCGCUCCGGAAAAGAUUACGUUCCCGAAUAUGUGGACGAAUACGUGCUGCUCGCACCCCCUCGCUGUGCGGUCCGAGCUGGACGGCCGUGAGGGUGCGAAGCGUGCGGCGCAGCGCAAGCUCGAGCACGAGCUUGGUAUCCCGCUGAACGAAGUGAAUUUGGAAGAUAUUCAGUUCCUGACGCGUAUCCACUACCUCGCGCCGAGCGACGGCCUGUGGGGCGAGCACGAAAUCGACUAUAUCCUGUUCCUGACUGCGCCGGUCUCGCUGAAGGUCAACGAGAACGAGGUUUGCGACGUGAAAUGGGUUUCUGUGGACGAGCUGAAGCAACUGAUGAACGACCUGGACCCCUCUUCCUUCACGCCUUGGUUCAAGCUUAUCGUGAACGAGUUCCUUUUCCCGUGGUGGAAGGAGCUGCUGGAGCACCCUACCAGCGAGGGCAAGUACGAUGCCAAGGUGCUUGCCAGCCUCGAGAAUGACAAGAUUCACCGUCUUUAG